GAAACUCGGAGCUUCACUCCGCGCGAUACUGGCACGAUACGGGGGAUCGCGCAGGAUGGCACGCGGAUAGUCGAGAGGGAGAUUUUUUUUACAUUUAUUUAUAUUUCUCGCAGACGCGCGCUCCCUCGCGAGGUCCUGCGAUGGCGUCGACUUAUAUCAAGGACGAGACGGGUACGUUUAUCCCGGCGAGCCAGCGACCGGAUGGCACAUGGCGUAAGCAACGACGUGUAAAAGAUGGAUAUAUUCCUCAGGAAGAGGUUCCAUUAUACGAAAGUAAAGGAAAGCAAUUGGUAAAAAAGCCUUUGUAUCCUGUGGGUGCCAGUCCAGAAUUUAUAGCUGAACAUAAAGCCAAGUUGGAGGCUCUAGCAGCGAAAAACAAAGUAAUACCUGGUGCACAAGCAAAAACCCAAGAAGGAUCCAAAAAGAAGAAAAAGAAAAGUAAAUCCAAAACUGUAGAACCUGUCACUGAAGGAUUGUCUAAAAUUACAAUCACAGAGCCUGAAUUUCACAAAGAAGCUCCAACUCACACUGACAAGAUACUGUCUGUUACAAAACAAAUCACAACAAAUAAUGUAACUAAGGAGAAUUUAAAUGCUACACAGAAAACGACUGAUCCCCAGAAGAGAUUAAAAAAUUUACGUAAGAAGAUUAGGGAAAUCGAAGUGUUAGAGGAUAAAAUCAAAACUGGUGCUCUGAAAAAUCCUGAUAAGGAGAUACUGGACAAAGUCGCGCGAAAAACAGAGAUUUCGAAAGAAAUAAAGAGACUAGAGGCUGCUUUAUAAAUCAUGACCAGUUAAAACUUUCACAUAAAUUUGUUGAAGAAUGAUAUGAUUGUAAACCAAUGACGAGCAUAUGAUCCUAUUACAUAACAAAGUAAAUCUUGUUCCUUUCGACAAUUACGUUAUAGUUUUAAUAUUACCACUUGCACUCAUUUUUUUAAUUUAUUUAUAGUGCAUGGAUAUUGAUAUAUAUAUUGAUAUAUAUUGAUAUAUACAUUUAUAUAUAUGGCGAUGAUAUUGAUUGUCUAUGACAAUCAAUUUGAACACACUUGAUACUUGAUCAAAGGUAUACAUGUAUCUAUUACAUAUAUGUAUAUAAGAGAAUUUACGUGAAAGUUUUAAUAAAAAUGAACGAAGUUAAGUAAUUCUUAUUCUCUCUUACGAUUUAAUAAGGAAAAAAAAA